AUGGCGACCGCAGCAGCUCCCAACCCACACCCUCUCCCAGAUGGCAGCCAUCAGGCGGGCGGCGGUGUCUCUGGAAAGGUGCACACAGUCAGGGCGCUCAACGAAACUACUCUCCAACACCUCCAGAAGGUCUACACAGCCCAUGCCGGCAGUGACAGCACCUGGAGCCCCGAGACGGCGGCGGCUUUCGUGAAGGAUAUCCAACGGGACACGGACGCUGAGCGAGCCCUAGAGCUGGCCGACGGGAAGGCCUGGGAUUUCAACACCUUUGUCCGGUACAUGACAUCGUCCAUCACGCAUGCCGUUGCACCCCCCAAAGAGGAGGACCUCUCCUGGCCUCUGUCGAGCUAUUUCAUCAGCUCGAGCCACAACACGUACCUGACUGGCAAUCAGCUGUCAAGCGACUCGAGUGCCGACGCGUACAAGAACGUCCUGUUGCGUGGUUGCCGCUGCAUCGAGAUCGACGUCUGGGAUGGCGACGAUUCAGACUCUGAGGGUGACGACACCACCACCACCAGCAGCAGCAGCAGCAGCAGUGACGAAGAUGAGCGUGGGGUUAAGGCCAAGAGCAAAUCGCGUCUCAAGCUACCCAAAUCUCUGGCCAGUCGGCUGGGGAGGACGACACUGGGUAAGAAGCUUGACAAGGUCGUCAUCAUUAGGAGACUCUUCGGCUCAUCGUCAGGAAAAGCAGGUAACACGGAAUCUCCAACACCCCCGGCGGGGACGGUGGCGUCCGAGGUGCCCAUCGAGAAGGAGAGCCCGGCCGCAAACUCCCCAGGAACCCCCUUGAAGAAGGUCCCCAGCCCUAAGGAGCCAAGGGUCCUCCACGGCUACACGCUGACCAAGGAGGUGUCGUUCCGGGAAGUCUGCUAUGCCGUCAGGGACUACGGCUUCAUCGUCACAGACACGCCGCUGAUCGUCAGUCUGGAAGUCCACUGCGGUCCGGAGCAGCAGGAAACCAUGGUCGCCAUAAUGAAGGAGAUCUGGGGUCCAUUCUUGCUGCCCGAGCCUGCCGAGGACGCAGCAGACUUGCCCUCACCAGCGGACCUGCGCGGCAAGAUUCUCGUCAAGGUGAAGUACGUCCCUCCCGAAGGCGGAAGCUCACCAGGGGCCGACGGCGACGAAGCUACCGUGCCGGGCGACGUCCCUGCCAAGCAGAAGAAGCCGUCCAAGAUCAUCCACGCGCUGAGCAAGCUCGGCAUCUACACGCGUGGCGUGACGUUCAAGAGCCUGACGCAGCCCGAGGCGAGCAUGCCGACCCACAUCUUCUCGCUGUCCGAGGGCGACGUCGUCGAGGUGCACAAGAAGAGCGCACGCGACCUGUUCGAGCACAACCGCCGCUUCCUGAUGCGCACGUACCCGUCCGGCUUCCGCAUCGGCUCCUCCAAUCUCGACCCGUCCGUCUUCUGGCGCAAGGGCAUCCAGAUCUGCGCGCUCAACUGGCAGAAUUGGGACGAAGGGAUGAUGCUCAACGAGGGCAUGUUCGCCGGCACCAGCGGAUACGUCCUCAAGCCGGAGGGUUACCGCAUCUCCAGACCCCUCCCCGCCGCUACCCCUUCUUCCAACCCGGAACCGCAAGCGGCCGCCGUGAAGCACUACACAAUGGACCUGACCCUGCAGAUCUUCGCCGCGCAAUCGCUACCCCUCCCGCCAGACGAGAAAUCCCCGUCCUCCUUCCGCCCUUACCUCAAGGUGGAGCUGCACGUCGAAGAGCCCGGGGAGCGGCACGGCACCGACGCCGUGCCGGCCGAGGGCAAGGCGAAGGAGGGCGAGUUCAAGGCCAAGACCAAGUCAGUGAAGGGCACCUGCGAUCCGGACUUCAAGGGCCAGGAGCUGCGGUUCGAGCGCGUGCCCGGGGUCGUGCCCGAACUGUCGUUUGUGCGCUUCCAGGUGCUGGAUGACGAGCUCGGGCGCGACGACCUCGCGGCAUGGGCUUGUGUCCGCGUGGAUCGGCUGCGGGAGGGGUAUCGGUUUGUGCAUCUUGUGGAUGCGGAUGGGGUGGAGAGCGACGGAGCGGUCUUAGUCAAGGUGGCUAUGAAGCUCACAAUGAGCAAGCCGGUGCUCUCCUUUGGGCUGAAAAAGUCCGGCCUGGCCAAGCCCACACCGGCCCGACAGAAACCCGCACCCUUCGGCGGCGCAGCCGACGAUGACGGGUCCGGCGACGAAACCCCAAGCAACGUAGCGCAAGUCUUCGAACUCGACGUAUUCAACAAUGCGCCACCCACAACGCCUAGCGAACCUCCAGAGGGCAGGAAAAAGCACACAAAAAAGCCCCUCAAACCAGGCGACACCCUGCCACCACCACCCCCCCUAUCCCGAUCCAAACAGCUCUCGCCAACAACAGACCAAUUCACCGACCUCUCCAGCACGCUGACGUCACGGAAAUAUGCCGCCUCCGCCGAGGCCGCCGACCCGUCCAUCUACGACUACGACGCGGCCUAUGACUCCUUCAAGGCCGCCAAGGCCGCCGCCUCCCUCGCGGCCGACAAGGACGCCGAAGCAGCCCAGAAACGGCCCCGGUAUUUCAACGCCCUGCAGCAGGCGGCCGAGCUGCGCGAACGGGACCGACAGAUCGCCGAGGAGCGGCGGCUGCAGCGGGAGCGUGAGGCCGAGGGGGACGCGUUCGCCGAUAAGGAGAAAUUCGUCACCGAGGCGUAUCGGCGGCAGCAGGAGGAAAACAGGCGGUUGAGGGAGGAGGAGGAGAAGAGGGAAGAGGAGGAGCGGAAGCGGAACAAGGGGAGGGGGAUGGCGGAUUUCUAUAAGAGUAUGUUGGAUAGGGGGGAGAGGGAGCAUGCGGUGCUGGUCAAGGCUGCCGAGGAGGGUGUGCAGCUGCCGGACGGGGAGGUGGUGGAUAAGAGGCAGCUGUUGAAGGGCGGGCUGAACGUCGCGGCGAAGAAGAAGGUCCAGGUGCAGCAGGAGAGGGCGAGGCAGGAGGCUGAGGCGGCGGCUAAGCGGGCCGAAGGCGGUGCACAGGCUAGAGGGGUAUAUGCGGCCGGCGGGAAGCAGGCGCUGAGAGAGCGGCAGACGAGGAUGCUGGAGGCGCAGCUGGAGGAAUCGCUGAAGCGCGCGCGGCAGGAGGAGGAGGAAGAGGCUGCUAAAGUCCAGCUUGCGAGUAAGAGCAGGAAGACGGAGGCCGAUAUUUCGAGCGCGAAGGAGAGGUAUCUUGCGAGAAAGAGAGCGGCGGAGGAUGCGAAGAAGAAGGGGUUGGCUGAGGCGCCGUAG